AUGUCUACGAUCCUGGCGACGUCGAUGGUCAUGAUCUUAUCGCUCUGCCUUUCUGACUCCGACCCCGACAACGGUGUCAAGCUCACUGAGCUGCAUGCGUUGCUUUUUCCGCCUCAAGGUUCCACGGCAUAUCUUGUGAGGGUGAGCGAAUACUUGGAUCCAUCAAUGUCAAUUUAUGAUGCGGUUACGUCUCGGGGAUGGUAUCCGCCUCUCAAUGCGACGGAAAUGGCCAAGUGCCAAGUUAAGAAAUUGAUUCCAGAUUCGUGCUUAGCACGACCGCACUUGGACAAGUUCUCCCAACUUUCUCCAUGA